AUGGCAACCCUGAUCGCCCGGCCCGAGAACGAGGCAGGGACCACCGCUUUCGACUAUGAGUUCACAAUGCCAUGCAUGAAGAUCCAGGUCCAGGAGCUGGGGACGCACCUGCUGCCCCCGCUCUACGCCCUGGUGUUCGUGCUCGGGCUGCUGGGCAACGUGAUGGUGGUGGUGAUCCUCACGAAAUACCGGCGCCUCUGCACCCUCACCAACAUCUACCUGCUCAACCUGGCCAUCUGCGACCUGCUCUUCCUGGGCACCCUGCCCUUCUGGAUCCACUACCUGCAUCGGGGCGAGUGGACCUUUGGCCACGGCAUGUGCAGGCUGCUCUCGGGGCUCUACUGCAUCGGCCUGUACGGGGAGAUCUUCUUCAUAGUCCUGCUCACCGUAGACCGCUACCUGGCCAUUGUCCACGCCGUGUUCGCCCUUCGCACCCGGACCAUCACUAUUGGCAUCAUAAGCAGUGUCCUGACGUGGGCCCUGGCGGGGGUCGUAGCCCUCCCUGAAUUCCUCUUCUAUAAGGCCCAAGAGCAGUCUGAGGGCUUGUUCUGCAGCUCCCUUUACCCGGAGGAUGAAGAAGACAUCUGGAAGCGCUUUUACGCCCUGAGGAUGAACAUCCUGAGUCUGGCCCUGCCUCUGCUGGUCAUGGUUGUCUGCUACUCCGGGAUCAUCAAGACGCUGGUGAGGUGCCCCAAUAAGAAAAAGCACAAGGCCAUCCGGCUCAUUUUUGUCAUCAUGGUGGUCUUCUUCCUUUUCUGGGCCCCCUACAACCUGGUGGUCCUUCUCUCCACUUUUCAAAACGUCUUCUUUGAAGCCAGCUGCGAGCGGAGCAACCAGCUGGACAUGGCCCUGCAGGUGACGGAGGUCAUCUCCUACACGCACUGCUGCGUCAACCCCAUCAUCUACGCCUUCGUCGGGGAGAAGUUCCGGGGGUACCUGCGCCACUUUUACCGCAGGCAGGUGGUCAUGUGCCUGGGCAAGUGCAACCUGCUCCUUCCCGGUGAGAAACUGGACCGAUCCAGCUCCGGGUCCCGGUCGACAGGGGAGCAGGAACUCUCUGCUGUGUUUUAG